ACAUUCUCUCUCUCUCUCUCUCUCCCUCUCCCUCCCCCUCCCCCUCUCUCGAUGACCACAAGUCUACAAAGCGAUCCAACGAUGCUACUUUCAUCGCCAGAGGUCAUGAUCCCUUCUCACCAGCCAACUCCAGCAUCAACAACACAAAUCUCAUACGACGAGCCAGAGCCGGUGACGUGUGACUGCUGCGGAUUAACCGAGGAGUGCACACAAUCUUACAUAGAAAUGAUCAGAGAACGUUACAUGGGUAAAUGGAUCUGUGGUCUAUGUUCUGAAGCUGUGAAGUACGAGGUUAUAAGAACAAAACGUUUGCUAACUACAGAGGAAGCCAUGGCAAGACACAUGAACAUGUGUUACAAGUUCAAAUCCUCGAGCCCGCCUCCUAAUCCUACCGGACGUUUGAUCUCAGCUAUGACACAGAUCUUAAGAAGAAGCUUGGAUUCUCCAAGGAUGCUCAGAUCAAUGCCUAGUAGUCCUUCAAAAGACGAAGAAGAUUGUUUUGUUUCAAAUGUUUUGUCUAGGUCCGAUAGCUGCUUUGCUAGCUUGACUUAAAAAAGCUCAUUGUUGGAGAAAAAUGUCUAAACCGGGUGAUAACCAUUCGGUUUAGGAAUCACCACCUGGAAAAGAUCCGGUUUUCAGAUUUGAAUUUUUUCAUCAGUAACCAAGAUUGGUCUCUGUAUGUAUUUGUUUUUGCCGGAUUUGUGUACCUGUGGAAAUUUUUGGGCUAAAUGCUAAUAACUUUGAAGGUUCGGAGUUGUGUCA